CGGAGCUGCGCCCAUCCCGGCUCCUGCCGGCUUCCUGCAGCGCGGGCAGGGGGAAAUAUAAACAGCAGCGCCCUGGGCAGGGCUGGCAUGCUGCCGCUGGACAGGCUGUGCCGGGGAGCAGAGGCAGCGCUCGGGGCUGAGAGUUGAAGAUGGCAGAACCGGAAAGCACAGUCAUAAACACCAAUGUAAAACAGAAAGACCCCAGCACAGCACUGGUCAUUGCUGUGACCACCAGAGCCAUCUUCAACCUGGAGGAGGAGCACAAGCUCUACCUGGAGAAGGGCAAGGAGGAGUACACAAGGCACCAGCAGGUCAACCAGGACAAGCCCCUGCCACCAGGAACAGCCUUUGCCUUCAUCCAGGCAGUGCAGUAUGUUAACAAGAAGAUCCUGGAAAGCAACCCAGCAGAGAGAAACCUCUUCGACAUCCUGGUGCUCUCCAACAACAGCCCAGAGAGCGGCGUGCGCAUCAUCAACAGCGCCAAGCACUACGGCCUGGAGAUCUCCAAGUUCUGCUUCGUCAGUGAUGAGGACUCCACACAGUACCUGAAGUCCCACGGCGUCAAGCUGUUCCUCUCAGCUGACAGGACAGAUGUCUGCAACGCCCUCCAGAGAGGGGUCUCAGCAGCGCUUGUCUUCCAGCAAGAGGUGCAGGCCCCCAGCACUCCACUCCGCGUGGUGUUUGACGGGGAUGCCGUGCUCUUCUCCGACGAGACAGACCAGAUCUUCCAGGAGCAGGGCCUGGAGGGAGCAGUGCAGUACGAGCGGGCGAUGGAGGCCAUCCCCAUAGGAGAGGGUCCCCUGAAGGCUUUUGCCAUGCACCUCGGGAAGAUGCGUAAGAAGUUUGGCCAGGAAAAAUCCCCCAUCCGCACCUACCUGGUGACAGCCCGCAGCGGCCGGGACAUGGGCAUCCGAGCCAUCAAGACACUCCGGGAAUGGGGUCUGCCCAUCGACGAGGCUUUCUUCAUGGAUGGGGCUCCCAAGGGUCCCAUCCUCGCCCAGAUCCAGCCUCACAUUUUCUUUGAUGAUGGGCUUCAUAACAUCCAAGGGGCUCAAAAUGUGGGGGUACCCUCUGCCUGGGUCCCGUCCUGCUGCUGAUGGGCCGCAGGCCAGCAGUCCUCCCUCCCAGCAACACAGGGGACUAGGUCAGUUGGAGGCAAAACUUCUGGUGGAGAAGGAAAGACCGCCUAAGAUGCAUCAAGCAAAUCUCAGGGAAAAGGGAUGAGAGCAUGGACACACGUGCAAAGCUUGAUGUGUAUUUCUGCUCCUGAUAAGAGGUCCUCUACAUCUUAGGAUAAAGCCAAAAGACACAACUGUUCCAGGACGGGAGGACACCUUUGCUGUGACACUGGGGACUACACCUACCUGCUAUGUAAGACCUGGGGACUUUUCUCAAAGAAAUAAGUGAAGCUAAUGCCACACACAUGAGCUGAAGGAAGCAAGAAAAAAAAUGCUAGUUUUGGCUGUGCUCAGGCAGUCUCCAAGAUGGAGCAACACAGGAAGGACAUCAGCCUGUUGAGCCAAAUCCAGAGGAGGCCAACCAAGAUGAUUAAAGGGAUAGAGCACUUCUCCUGUGAGAAAGGACUGAGAGAAUUGGGAUUGGUCAGCCUGGAAAAGAGGAGGCUUCAGGGUGACCUAACUGUGGCCUUCCAGGACCUGAAGGGAGCCUACAGGAAAGAUGGAGAGGGACUGUUUACAAGAGCAUGUAGUGACAGAACAAGGGGGAAUGGCUUCAAACUGAACAAAGGCAAUUCAGAUCAGAUAUUAGGAAGAAAUUCUUUACUGUGUGGGCAAUGAGGUACUGGAAUAGGUUGCCCGGGGAAGUUGUGGAUGCCCCAUCCCUGGGAUUGUUAAAGGUCAGGUUGGAUGGAGCUCUGAGUAAUCUGGUGUAGUGAAAGUGUCCCUGCUCACACCAGGGUGGCUGGAACUGGAUGAUCUUUAAGGUCUCUUCCAAUCCAAACCAUUCUAUGAUUCUAUGAUUUAUUCCUAGGAUCUCUGCCUAAAGGGAGCCUGUUGCUUUCCUGCCUCACCAGACACACUCCUCUCAGUUUCUUAGUUCCUGAGGAAACUGAUGUGCUAGUGAGUGCUACAGGCAGCUCCAGCUGAACUCAGAAGAAGAAGAAGAAAAACUUCAAAACUGUAAAGGACCUACAAAUCUUUUAGAAAUAGGUGAAUAGGCUGAAGAAAGAAAGACCAAGCUAUUCCUCCUCAUUAAAGAGAUUAUAGCAAAAGACAGUUUUCAUUAGGCAUGCACACUGCUCACAGAGUGCUUUUAGGAGACAGACCUGUAGGACACUCAGCUCCUGGAGCUGCAGGCAGGGACACGGCUGCAAACCCAGCACUGAGGUCCAUCCAGAGAGGGAACAGCUCCAGUGUCCCACCAGGAGAGGGCACUGGAGAUGGGCACUGCAGCCAGCCUUAAAUGGAUUUCUAGGGCCAUGGGUGGAGGGCAUGGGUGGGGGUCUCAGGAACAACUGCUCCUUGCACAUGGGGUACGUGGGUGUGCUCGGUUCCUGCCUGACAUCACACCACACCCCGAAAAGGGAUGCUUCUCCUCUGGCAGUUUGGACUCAGUUCUUAAUUUUCCUUUGGAACAACGAACCUGCAAGGUUCACCUGCAGGUUUCUUUCCCCAGGGCUGGAUGUGAGUUGCCACUAGAGGCCACUGUGCUGCCUGGGGACAUAGCGCCUCAAAUCCCUGCCAGCUGUCCAGAAACGCCUCGUAAAAAAACACAAACUGGCUGCUCAGGUGGCGGUGGGAUUAUGGACAAGGAGACAAAAAUGAUGCUGGAUUACUUCUUUUUAAUCUCAGUGUAAUCAGAAAAUAAUUGUUUUUGAAGGCUUCACAGGUGUUGCUAUCACCAAAGCUUUUUUACCCCUGCAAUAAAUAAAUAAACAAGCA